GAUCUCUUCACAGACUGUCAAUCCAGAGUUAUUAAAACGUACUACAGGAAUCAGGAUCGUAAUUUUAUAACAUAUGGGGGCAUUUUGUUGUUUCUCAAAGGGAAGUACUGUAACUCUUUGUCAUUGGGCCCUGGCCUAAUUAAAGAGAUAGAUUUGCUCUCUCUCUCUCUCUCUCUCUCUCUCUUCAACCUAUCUAGCUUAACUAGUUGGGUGAGAGACACCUCCGUCCAUUGAGCUGUCUGUACAAUUAUGGAAAUGAAAGAUGCUGAGAUAUACCUGGUUUUCUCCAAUCAAUUUAUGGAUUGUUGUUAAUUACUACUAGCCGCAGUAGUAGUGAGAUCAUCACAUCAGAUGAUGACCAGCAGCUGCUCAUGGCUGCAAAAGCAUUAAUCGCAUGAGGAGGAGGGUGGAAGUGGGGGCACAUUCCCAAUGACACUCGGAACAAGUAUAUAUAAAUGGCGGCCGUCUGGGCCUUUCUUCUUUCCCCGGGCAUGGGAACAAGAAUCCAGCAUGCCAUGAAUGCAUUAGCUACAACCCCAAGCAGUAAUAGUUUCUCUGUGAGUAAAAUUGAUGUUUGGGACUAUUUCCGAAGUAAAGCACUGAAGGAGUACCUAGAAAGUAGUGUUGCUAACAGCAAAUUUAAGGAAUCGAUGGCUAGGAGGAGGAUAGAACAACAGAAGUUAGAAUCCAUUAAGAUGACAAUGCUAACGCACGAAGAUAUUUUCAAACACCAGGUGAGAGAACUCCACAGGCUGUACAAUAUACAAAGGGUGCUGAUGGUUGAGAUGAGAAAUCAGGAGACUACUAAACAAGAAGAUAAGUUUUGGGUUGUUCCAAUGCCUACAACUGGAUCAGAUCAUACAAGCAAUUACUCUUACUUCUUCAAUCGGCAUCAACCAACAACUGCUCCAUGCAAUCAAAAAAUCCAUGUUCAAAGUGUGCUAAUAGAAAAUAAUCUGAGCACACGUGAAAGAAGUGGUAGCUGCUCUGGAGAUCAAGAUCAGACCCUUACUAGAAUGCCAAAAUUGGGCUUUGAUCUUGAGAGGCAACCUGUCAUUGAAGAACACCAAACAGGGCCUAGUUCUUACGCAGCAAUGACAAAUUAUCAAACUGGGAAAGGUAGAUCAUCAGAAGAGAGUGAUGUUGAGUUGACCUUGAGUAUUGGAGGAGGCUGCAAAAGGGAAAAGAAGUCGAUGAUCACAUCAGAGAUAGGAGACGCAUGUGGUGGGUCCAACACUGCUGUGGGAAGUUCUAGUGCAUCAACAAUUGAUCCGCAAAAUAAGUGGCUUUUCCAAGGUUUAAGCUUGAAUAGAACAUAAGCCCUUUAGUUUGGUCACAAGCCUAUUUGUAUCAUUUGAACUCCAUAACUAGGCAUUACUAUAAUUUUGACACCUUUGAUGUAUGGAGAAUAACUACUGAUGGACAUUGUUUAUAAAUGCAUAAAUUCUAGUAUUUCAUAA